CCUCGCAAGGGCCACCCCCUCGGGGGUCGGGGUCGGUCCGCUCUCUAAUCUAAACUGCACUCCCUGCGGUUCCUGAGGGUCGGUGCGCGCAGUGCUGGCGCGCGAUGGGCCACUGAGCCGAGGCUGCAAACUGGCCGGCUGCAAACUUCUGCCUCCUUCCUCCGCCUUUGGCCGCCGCGUGGGUCCGUUGCUGGCUUCCUCUCGUCGCUCUUCCUGCUCUGCCUCCUCGCCAGCUACGAGGGGAAGUAGGAACAGCGGCGGCAACAGAAAACGCUCAGCUGCUGCUGCCCCCGCCGGCGGCCGCAAACCUUCAGUCCCGCACGGUGCCCUGCGGAAGUAGCAACUCCGGGGAAGGACGAGCGCGCAGCUGGGAGGCUGCCCUAGACAUUAAUCAACAACAGAAUGGGGAAACAGAACAGUAAGUUGAGACCCGAAGUACUCCAGGAUCUUCGAGAAAAUACCGAAUUCACAGACCAUGAGCUCCAAGAGUGGUACAAAGGCUUCCUAAAAGAUUGCCCAACUGGCCAUUUGACUGUUGAGGAGUUCAAAAAAAUAUACGCUAAUUUCUUCCCCUAUGGUGAUGCCUCGAAAUUUGCAGAGCACGUGUUCCGCACUUUCGAUACCAACGGAGAUGGGACAAUUGACUUCCGGGAAUUUAUAAUAGCGUUGAGCGUCACUUCACGGGGAAAGCUGGAACAGAAGCUGAAAUGGGCAUUUAGUAUGUAUGACCUUGAUGGCAAUGGCUACAUCAGUCGUGCGGAAAUGCUUGAGAUAGUACAGGCCAUCUACAAAAUGGUGUCUUCAGUAAUGAAAAUGCCUGAGGAUGAAUCCACUCCAGAGAAACGAACAGACAAAAUCUUCAGACAGAUGGACACGAACAAUGAUGGUAAACUAUCUCUUGAAGAGUUUAUUAAAGGUGCCAAGAGUGAUCCCUCAAUCGUGCGGUUGUUGCAGUGUGACCCAAGCAGUGCAAGUCAGUUCUGAUUUAAACUCCUGAACAGUUUGCAAACAAAAUUACUGACUUGUUGUUCAAGCUUUGCUCGUAAAUGGAUGCCUUCUCGACCAUUCCUCAGUGGUCAGUGAAUGAGAUACCACUGCCAGAUUGUCUGUGUUUCCAAGUGAAAGAGAACCUCUCAACAGCGUUGAUGCAACUCCUGCUUCCCCAAUUUCAGGUUUAUUUUUCAUACCCCAUACAAUCUUAGGAUUCACUCUCCACAUGUAACAUAAGGGUAUGUUUACAUACAGGUUAAAGAAGGGGUGAUCACACGUGUCUUGGUUAAUAUGAAUGGAUGACUCAUUAAGCUAUCGAUAUAUUACUUUUGUCCAACACAGCAAAUGGCAAGCAGUUAAUUUGCUGCCUGGAAAAUGGCGCUGAAAUGUGGAUUAAAUUAAGUAGAUUUUUUUUUUAAAAAAAAGCAUGAUACCAAUUUACUUUCUAUGGGGAAAAUUGCUUGCACUUACAUAAUGGUCUUUACAUUCUUUUAAAAUAUAUAUGUGUGUAUGUGUAUAUAUAUAUAUAUAUAUAUAUACUAUAUAUAUAUAUAUAUAUAUAUGGUGAAGUCAAAUUUUAAUAUUUAGGUUAUAUUUAAUAUAUCAAGUAGAAUUCAUGCUCCAUCUAGUUGUCUGUGUUUAUUCAAAUCUUUUUUUAAAAAAAAUGUAAUAUUUAUGUAAUAGAAAUCCUGUUAAGACAUUGCAUGAUUAGGUUUUUUUUUUUUUUUUUUUUUUUUGUGGAUGGAACACAAUGUUUAAUUCCCGAUUGCAACACUUGGUUCAUUUUUACUGGUCGAGCAUUUAUGGUGUUAAUGAAAUCUAAUAAGGAUUAGUUCUACUUCUGUGUAUCUCACUGCGGUGCCACUUGCAGGAACUGCAGCAUUAAAAAUGGCUUUUGCGGGAGGGAGCAAGAUGAGGUUAUUAUCUACACAGGUCCUCCUACCUUUUUGCUGUCAAUCUCUGUUAAUAGUCUUGUGCAUUCCAGUAUUAUUUAAUAUCUACCUAAUGCCAAGAAAUGUUAAUUGAAAUAAAGGCUGAUUUUCUCGUCUGUCAUA